ACAUCAAAUUACAUUUACCAUUUCAAGUUUAAUAAUUACUUCUAGAUCAUCUGUUCUAAUUUCAUUUUUACCAAACAAAAUGGCAAGCACCCAACAAACUCAAGAAAUGAACCAACAAGCUCAAGAAAUUAGCCACAAAGCCAACCAACAAACUCAAGAAAUUAGCCACAAAGCCAAUGAAAAAACUCAAGAAAUUAGCCACAAAGUCAAUGAACAAACUAAAGAAAUUAGCCACAAAGCCAACGACGCCGCUACCCAAGCUCAGGAGAAGAGUGAAGGAGUUAUGGCCCAAGUUAGUACUGCAGCAUCUGGAACUGCUCAACAGGCCACUCAGAUUCUUCAACAGACAGGAGAGCAAGUGAAGAGCCUUGCAACAGGAGCAGCUGAUGUAGUGAAGAACACUUUGGGGUUAAACACAACCCCAACUGAUGCACCUGUCAGCAGAGAGCUUGCUGAUGUCACUGCCGCCGUUGCCGACUCUGUCACCCCUGACAAUGCACCCAGCAACCCUGACGCCACCACCACAACAACCAGCAACCCAACUGAAUCCACCACUGCCACCACCACUUCACCAGAAAAUCUAAAGAAUUAGGAUUCAAAUAUGGACUUGGAUCAUAGUUCUAAGAUUAGUCCAUAUACACUCAUGAACACUCUUUUGUUUCUUGUAGUUAAUUAAGCCUAAAAAAUGGCAAAUAAAAGAAUAUGGACUAGCUAUAUAUAUAUAGGCAUACUGUAUGAGUAUUUUCUCAUCUGUAGUUUUGUUUCCUGAGGCUCAAAAGAAGUUCUCUAAAGGAAAUAUAAGGUUGUAAUUGGUUACUUUUUUUUAUAUAGAAUUGAAUUCAGAAAUUUUUUAUAAGAUUAAUAA